UGAACAUACAAACAUGUGGACUCUCUUGUUCCUUUGUGGUGUGCUCAUCACACAUCAAGUGCAAGGUGUAGAUCGUGGCGACGCUGCUCGUUAUUGGUGGACUACAUGGGAAACUGCAACUCCUGGGGACCCUACAGCAGAUUAUUGGGAAACUGGGGACACUACAACAGAUUAUUGGGAAACUGUAACAGAUGAUUGGCAAACUACACCAGAUUAUUCAGGCUGUGGUGGUUACCUGUAUGGCAGCAGUGGCAGGUUUUACAGCCCCAACUAUCCAUACCAGUACCCAGACAAUUCGGACUGUAUAUGGUACAUCAGACCAGGCAGUCAGAUUAUUCAGCUGGAGCUGUUGGAUGUAAGCACUGAGUGUGGAUAUGAUUAUGUUUACGUCUAUGAUGGCCCCAGUACUGGAAGCCGGCUUCUGGGAAAGACAUGUAACAACACCGAAAACAACACUUUCUAUUCCACCGGUUAUUAUUUGACUGUGCGCUUCAGGAGUGAUAGCAGUGUAGGCCUCAAAGGAUUUCAUGCUUCUUACAGAGUUGUGUCUGGAGGUUCCUGCAUUCACAACUGUGGUUACCAGGUUGGAUAUUGCUCUUGCUCUUCGAGCUGUGUGUACAGAGGGGACUGUUGUUAUGACUACGAAGAUCACUGCGGAUCCACAUCAGUAACAGAUCCAACAGCAACAGCAGAAACAACAGAUCGGUACUCAUGUCUUUACAACUGUGGCGCACACCUGGGAAGCUGUUCCUGUACUAGCUCUUGUGAAUACUACGGCAACUGUUGUCAUGACUACUACUCUUACUGCCCAAGCACAGCAGAUCCAGUCACAGAUCAGCCAUCAUGUCGUUACAACUGUGGCGCGCACCUGGGAAGCUGUUCAUGCAGAAGCUCUUGUCAAUACAAUGGUGACUGUUGCUAUGACUACUAUGAUUACUGCUCAUCAACCACUACGUGGCCUGACGUUACAGCUCAGCCUUCGUGUCGAUACAACUGUGGCUGGAACAUGGGAAGCUGCUCCUGCUCAAGCUCUUGUGAAUACUAUGGAAAUUGCUGUUAUGACUACUACUCAUACUGCCAAGGGACUACUGACAUGCCCACUGCCGUUACAGAACAGCCUUCAUGUAGAUACAACUGUGGCUGGAACAUCGGAAACUGCUCCUGCUCAAGCUCUUGUCAAUACUAUGGAAACUGCUGCAAUGACUACUACUAUUACUGCCAGUCUCCUGACUUUACCACAGCUCAACCCUCAUGUCGAUACAACUGUGGCAGUUACAUCGGAAGCUGUUCCUGCUCAAGCUCAUGUGAAUACUAUGGCAACUGUUGUUAUGACUACUACUCCUACUGCUUAGUCUCAACUAGGGAGCCAACAGGGUCAUGUGGAGGCAAUCUGUUUGGCUCUGGCACCUUCUCUAGCCCUAACUAUCCCAGCUACUAUCACGACAAUGCCUACUGCAUGUGGCAACUAAGAGCUGCAUACGACCAAAGAAUCUUCCUGCAAUUCACAUUCCUGCAGCUGCAAGACUGCUGUUCCUGUGACUACAUUGAAAUCUAUGAUGGGCCAUAUGUUUAUUCACCAUUUUUGGGCAAAGUCUGCAACAACAGUCUGAGCACUUUCUUCUCCACUUCCAACUAUAUGACUGUGGUCUUCCGGACUGAUGGUGCUAUGGUUGGUCGAGGUUUCAAUGCCGAGUUCUCGAGCUCUUUGACACCAAGCUCAGGUCGAGUGGACUGCUCCUCAGACAACAUGAACAUCGUGAUUGAGAGGUCUUACUUGAACUCUUUGGGUUAUGAUGGUCACAGCCUGUACCUGAAUGACCCACACUGCAGACCCCAGAUUUCCUAUUACAAUGUGGUCUUCAGUUUUCCUCUCAACACUUGUGGCAACAUAAGAGAGUUUGAGAAUGGCAGAAUUGUGUACACAAACAGUCUUCGUGCCUACAACUCCAACUACGGCGAGAUCACACGCCAGUCUAACUUUAAGCUAAACGUCAACUGCCGAAUGGAGCAAGACUCAGUAUCUCAGAUUUUAUACGAGGUCCAUGAACUAGACAACACCACCAUAACAGGCACAGGCAGAUACAAUACCAGCAUGGUUUUCUACCAAUCCAGCAGCUUCUACUAUCAGGUGACUGAAUUUCCGUAUGAGAUAACACUAAACCAGAACUUGUUUAUUGAAAUCGAUAUGAGGAGAGGUGACAGCAGUCUGGUCCUCUUUAUUGACACCUGUAUAGCAUCACCAUCAGCCUUUGAUUUCCAGUCGAGACCUUACUACUUGGUUCGCAAUGGUUGUCCAGUAGAUAACACCUACUAUGCCUACACUACUGGCACCAGCCCGUUUGCUCGUUUCACAUUUAAGGCCUUCCAGUUCUUGCGGGCCACAGAAGACGUGUACCUCCAGUGCAAGGUCCUAAUAUGUCCAGCCUCCGACUACAACUCCCGCUGCCGCCGCGGAUGCACCAAGCGAGUGGCCAGAGACGUGGGGUCUGAACAUGAGAGUGAAACUCUGGUUGUGGGUCCCAUUCACCUCUUAGCUCCUGAGACAAAGGAAGAGGCGACUGAUGAGCAGAAAGAAACUUAAAUCUUCUCUACUUCUUCUCCUUCUUCUUCACACUUUCACUCUAACACUGAAUAUUAUCCACCCUUUUUUUCCUUUUCUUGCAUUACAUGAAUAAAGGCAUCAUCAAAAGACAAUAUGUG